AUCGAAUUUCAUCAAAAUGUUCAAAAUCAUCGCCUUCGUAUUCAUGGUUGUCGCCUGCGUAUGUGCUAAACCAAAACCAGAUGUGAUCGCCUACAGUGCUCCAGUUGUAGCCGCUCCAUUGGCCUCAUCAAGUCAAUAUUUUGCACGAAGCACAUCUCCAUAUGUGGCAUACUCAUCACCAUAUGUUGCCGCUUCUCCCUACGUUGCUGCCUCACCAUACGCUGCUUACACCUCAACAGUUCUAUUAUAAAUUACUGGCAACCCAUUGAAUGAAAGAAUCUAACUAUUUUGAUGAAAAAUAAAUGGGCCUUUUAUGCAAAUUAAUUGUUUUUUUUUAAUUACAUUAGAAUCUCGGAAAAGCUAACCG